CAGGAUCGGACUUCGACGCGCUUGGACCCAUCAGUCCCUGAAUUUGUCCAAUGCGAGGACCCAAUACUCCAAGAGGAUUUUCUCCUCCACGAGUCGUAACCGGAAUUACCGCCAUAGUCGCGGUUACUUUCGCUUCUUAGACGACAUUCCUGAAAAUACGAUCUUCUGGGGUAUCAUUGGUUUGAAUGGUGCCAUCUUCGGACUUUCUUGGUGGGCCAAACAGAAGCUGACGGUCGAACGCGACCCCCGUCUAUACACCAUGAUGCGCAAACAUUUCUACGCCAACUGGCAUAACAUCUCGUCCGGGCGCAUAUGGACCUUGUUUACUUCUAUGUUCACUCACAACGACUCGGAUGUUACUCACAUCUUGUUCAACGGCUUCACCUUUUACUUUAUGGCACCGUUGGUUCUACAGAUACUAGGAAGUCGUCGUUUUCUGUUCCUCUAUCUCGGAGGCGGCGCACUGAGUGAGCUGUUUUCGAUUGCAUACGAUCAGAUAACUACGGGCAGAGAUCGAUACUCUGUGGGCGCUAGUGGUGCCAUCUAUUCCAUCCUCUCUUUUCUUGCUUUCACAGAGCCUCGUAUGACACUUCUUAUCUAUGGAAUCGUGCCUGUUCCCAUCUGGCUGACGGUCACAGGCCUCUUCUCGUAUGAGACGUAUCUCACGGCUUGGGAUAAGGCCGGAACCUCUAAUUCCAGUGGGCAUGUUGGAGGGAUCUUGUCUGGAGCAGGUCCUUGGGACAACCGACUGUACCUCCCACCCACCGCCAUAACGUCAGAACUAAACCCAAGCACUAACAUGGAUCGGCCGUCUGUUCCUCAACUCCCUUCUCUCUCCUCCUCUCUGGUCCAAGCUGCCAUUCAAGCCACAGCGCAGUUCACACCGGUCCCGGCCCUGGCACCAGUUGCACAACUCGUGUCCAAUAUCAUCACGCUCUGCCAGAAUGUGUCUCAGAACAAGGCCACGGCGGCACAAUUGAGCACUAGAUGCCAUCGGAUGCUCCUCGUCAUCAACGAGAGGCAUACUAUGAAUGAAAAUGUCGAUGCUGCCCUGAAAUCGUUCACGAAAUGCCUGGGCGACGUGCAAGUUAUCAUGGAGAAGUGUGUACAACUCUCGAAACUCAAGGCGUUCCUCCACCAAUACGAUAUCUCGGUCGAGAUAGCGAGGUGUCACAGCAUCCUCUCAGACUGCUUCAAUGCGUUCCAGGCAUGGGUUGUCCUCAGGUUCGGUAUUGGAUCCUUACUUCAAGAACAGAUCGCUUCGCACACUGAGCUACACGAAUGGCAAGCUCAGUUUAAGGAAUCUUCCAAACAAGAUCAUCGAGAACUCGUGGGAUAUCUAGGGGACAUCACGAACUCACAGACGAUCAUCUACGAUCUUCUAGAGAAGAUCCACGAAAACACUCUUGCAGAGAGGCAGUCGCAGUCCUCCGAUUUCUUGCGCGAAACCAAAGUCAAAGACCAGUCGCAUAUCGGGCUAUCGAGCAACCUGUACGAUCUGCAGCUGCAGAGUCGCGAGCUCUUACCCGACUUCAAUCUGCGCUCUGGGGAAGUGAUAAGAAGCGGGAUAUUUCCGGUGAGCGGUACCAGUUCUAUGGACAUCUAUGAGGGCCUUUACUUGCAGCGCGAAAAAGUGGCGAUCAAGGUUGUCAGAGCUGUCAACGCCGGUCCAGAUAGUGCACGUAGAUUUGAACGUGAAUGCGAAAUUUGGAAAGAAUUGUGGAAGCGUGACGGAGGCAAAUACAUCCUGCCGUUUUAUGGUUUCAGCCAAUCGGAUGGGCCAUUUCCUUACAUCGUCAGCCCAUGGCAAGCUAACGGGUCGGCGAUCCAAUAUGUUAAACGGCACGAUCUAUCGGCCAAGGGUAUUGCCCUUGGCAUUCAGAUCUUGCACAAUAUGACACCUCCCAUUGUGCAUGGGGAUAUCAAAGCAAUGAACAUCGCAAUCAAUAAUCUAGGAAACCCUCUAAUCGCCGAUUUUGGAUUGUCUUGUAUCGUUGAAGACAUCACCGGGAUUCCUUUCAGUCAGAGUCGGGGCGUCAGUGAAUCGUAUCGCUGGUUUGCACCUGAACUCUGUGUGGGGCAAGGAGUUCUCUCUGCCAGCUCAGACAUCUAUGCUUUUGGUAUGACUGUGCUCGAGCUGUUCACCCAUGAACAUCCCUACAAGGAGGUCAAACACACCGCCGAGGUCGUAAUCAAGUCUUCUCAAGGCAUACAGCCCAAGCGUCCGACCUCAGAACGUGUGCUGGAACGCGGGCUUAGUGACGCUCUGUGCUACUACAAGGCCACAGGCUGGAACGAGGACAAUCUAUACGCCAACAUCACUCGGUCUUCGAAUGCGAUCCUCGAUUUCUCCGUCCCCAGAGGGCUCCAUCUCGCGGUGUCCAAGUCACCCAAUUCUCUCUUCAAGACAACAUAUUCCAUGACUGCCAUGCCCUCACUCAGUGGCUCUGUCGGCUACAUCUUCACUUCUUGCGAUCUCGAUGUCAAGAAUUCCGGGAAUGUCCGGUUCAAGGAUAUGAUUGAGCGAUUCCGCGUUUACGACCAGCCGCGCCGUGCCGAACCAAAGGAAGAGGAGUUUUUAAAUGGAGAGCUAGUAAACAACCGUGACUACCUCAUGUAUGGCCGGUUUUAUCUCCCCACGGGCCGUCUUGACGCGCUCUACUCGACGCGUUUAUCACCGACCGUCCAGGCUCUCGUGGCCGCUAUCUCUCAUCCGCCUUCCAAUAUCAACUCUCCUGCACCGCGUAACUCGAACGUCAGCAACCUGAUCGUCAACAUCCAACACGACGUGGGGAAGUGGUGCACAGAAUACACCUGGAGCGCAGACGAUAGCAUGUGGGGUGUGCGAGUGCUGCAUAACUUCGGCAAGCUCGGAAUGGCCCAGGAGAAUUCAGACGAUCCGGAGAAGGCUGCUGCCCGGACCGGGGUGAAACGGGUCGACGAGGAGGAUGCGAUCGAGGGGGGUCUGAAGGGACGCGUUUCGGCCGGGGCCGAGUUUUAUUUCAGCGCAAGAGAGAAAAGCGGUGGAGUUUCGACUGGUUUUCGAUUCUCGACAUUACCCGAAUCAAGUCCUCCAUCGUUCCAAGCCCCGGGACCAUCUUCUUCGCCGUUGACGACGAUAACCAGGGGUCCGCCCACUCAGGCGCCGACGACGAUAACGGCCUUGUUCAACCCUAUGCUGGGCCACAUAUCGAGCGCUUAUUCCAGCCGAGUGUCGCGAGAUCUUUCUCUUGCUUCUCGGUUCGACUUCAAUGUGUACAGCUAUGAGAGCGAAUGGACGAUGGGUGCUGAAUGGUGGAUGCGCUCGAGAGCCGACGCAGAUAGUGAAGACGAAUCACCUCUGACAUCGAGAGAGAGUGGGCAGGUGCGAGGGGUUCUCAAAGCACGUGCUUCAACGAACCGGGAUGUCGCCUUGCUCUGGGAAGGCCGUGUGCAGCAGACGCUGGUUAGCGUGGGUGUUGUUUCUGACCUGUCCAACUCGGCGAAACCGAUCAAGGCAAUCGGACUGGAAUUGUCGUACUUCAGCUCAGACGAAAAAUAAGCAUUCAUUGUUGUUGUGUGAUCAUAUCCCGAGCCAUCCUAUAAAGUACACAAAAAAUAAUGAUAGGCACAGAGGUGAGAAGAGGAGCAGAGCAUGUUCAUGAAAUCAGAGAUAAGAUAAGAUGAGCUGAGAUUGAGGGGUUAUCAUCAUGGGGUCUUGCUUGGAGCGGCGAUGGUGCGCGCAAGCCUUGAAAUUGCGGCUCCCGUGAUGACGGGUCUGGCGUGCGGAGGCCGUGGGUUGCGCACAGAAGCAGGGGGCGACGAGUGCGUCCGGGCAUGCUGGUUUCCCGGCGUCCUGGUUCCCCUCGUGUCCCGCUGGUUCAGGUUGUGCGCAGACCUCGAAAACGUUCUGCCGACGGUAUGGGCCCUUUGAUGCGUCGGAUGGAAAGUCUCUGCCGGAUCAUCAGAGUUCGACGGCGCGUAGAUGGACGCAGCGAGCCCAGAAAGAGGCGCCGGCUGGACGGCAGGCUCGGAGGAUUUUUCAGCGGCCGGCUGGAGGGACGUCGGAGGAGGCGUGCUUUCCAUCCUCGGCUGCUCGUCGGCACUGAAAGGGACCACCGCCUCCUCUUUGACAUCUGCAGGGGGCGCAACUGGAUCCGGCAAUGCAGUCAGCCCAUCGACGAUGAUGGGAGAAAUCAUCAUGUCCUUUUGGGCUUGCACGCUAUCCUUGGGCUCGGGCUCCACUGGCUUCUCCUCCUGUGUGACAGUCUUCACACCCCAAUCAUCAAGAUCCGGCAAGCUUUCGUCGUCGUCACCAGCCCAAUCGAUGUGACUGCCUGGAGUAUUGGGGCGGUUACUUUCCAUCGCAGAGGCUCGCACUCGUUCCACAAAGGCAUCAAUGUCAUUCUGCCUGAAUGAUCCGGCCAAGUGAGGAGGCGUAUCCUUUGAGGGAGGCGGAGCACUGCGGGGCGCUAGGAGUCUGUUCUGCGGCCGGAGAAGGGUGCUAUCGUCCGAUGCCGGUACAUUGACUUUGAGAUUACUUCCGCCGGUGCUGAUAGCCCCAUUUCCUCCCUUCGCACUCUGCUGUGAACGGCGACGGCGGUUCGAAGGUCGGGGGACAGGCGCUGUAGCAGGGAGUACGGUCGAGGGAGAUGGUCCACCCACAAGUACCGCAGGAACGACCAAUGGUGUGGAGCGCGAUGGCUUACGACCGUGACGCCGCGAGCCCGACGAAGGAGUGGUGGUAUUAGACAGCGCCGAGAUCGAAGGAUUGGGAGAUGGCUUAGGUUUAGGAUCCGGUGUUGAUGUCGUACUGGCCGGUGUCGCUUUGGGCGGCAACGAUUCGUUGUUCGUUGAUUUAUCAUUCUUCGAAGCAUGCGAAGGCUCGGCACCGCCAUUGUCCUUACUGUGGCCGGUGGAGUUGGAGUUAGGGUUCGGCCCUCGACCACGACCGCCUCUGCUCCUUCCCCUUCCACCACCACCACCUCGACCGCCUCUGGGGUUUCCCCCGAACGCAGAGGAUCCCAGCUCUGUUCGAGGCCAAUCACGGGCUCUAGAGUUGCCAGAUGGAGUGGCAAGUGGAGGAGCAGGAGCAGCCAUGCUUGACCCAGGACUCGGAAAUCAACUAAGGAGGCGGAUGAGGAUACUACGUCAAGGAUCAAUAAGAUCCUGAGUUGUGGGGAUAGCGUGGAGGAGUCACUUCGUAUUGGCCACCAUGUCGAAAGCGUCCCAGCCUGAGUUGAAAAAGUUCAUGGACAAAAAAUUGUUCGUCCAUUUGCAAGGAGGACGCAAAGUCAGCGGUACAUUGCGCGGCUACGAUCUCUUCUUAAAUCUGGUCAUCGACGAUGCUACCGAAGAGACCACUCCUGCCCAAAAGCAUCCCAUCGGCACUGUGGUCAUCCGAGGGAACAGCGUCACGUCCAUGGAAACAUUGGAAACAGUACGAUAGUAUCAGUCUUGUUCUGGUCUUGGUUGUAUGAAGGCGUCGUUUGUAUCACUGUCUUGCUCUCUCUAUCUGCUGUACCAUCAGCCCACUGUCGGUGAAUGCGAAUAUCCGCACCCCAUGGCGGAUCUAAAGCGUGACUCGUCGAUAUGGGCAUCGGCACCGCGACGAAGAUUGAUCACAAUGACUACUAUUAUGCGCACGGACCAUGCCUGUAUUUGUGUCUGGUUGUGGAUGGGUGUUGGAGUGAAACUGGUGCAUGUAUCGCCAGUACUGUGUCCAGAACCAGUAUACAUUUGACAUUUCAACAACAGCAUGUAAGUGGAAUACGUCUUCACCAAUCCAUCGUCGAUUUGGCCGUUUUCGUCAACGCCACUGGUAUCCGAGCGCCCUUGAAACCAAAUCCGUCCAACCACGGCCAAAUCUCGCUUCUGCGCUUCUCAAAGGUGGUGAUGGUCUCCGCCCGCUGCAUAGUCAGAGCGAUGUCAUCGAGACCGUUCAAAAGACAGUGGCGGCGGAACGGAUCGAUCGUGAAAGGGAUGGCAGCUUGCCCGUUUGGACGGCGGACCUCUUGUUUUUCGAGAUCAACCUCGAGCUCCAGCCCGGCCUCGGCAUCUUCCGCCAAUGCUUUGCACUCUUCUUGAGAGAUGGCGACAGGCAACAUGCCAUUCUGCAUCGUAUUGUUUUUGAAGAUAUCGGCGAAACUCGGCGCAAUAACACAUCGUAUGCCAAAAUCGUUUCUGAAGCUGGUCAGCAUUGGAUUUGUUGUGGAGCACAUGCGACUCACAAACUCCAAGGCGCGUGUUCCCGCGAACUGCCGCAUCCGAAAUUCUUGCCAGUCGAAACGAGGAUCUUGGCCUUGUUGUACGGGGCCCGGUUGAGAACGAAGUCCGUGUCCUUGCCUGUGUGCGGGUCCUUGCGCAAUGUAAAGAACAAGGCGUCGGCGAGACCUGUGCGCUUCAAGGUCUUCAAAAACUGCUUCGGGAUGAUCAUGUCGGUGUCGACGUUUUCGAUGUACAUGGGAGCGGCGAUGCCUUUGACAGUGGUGAACUUCUGGACAGUGGACGGGGCCUCACUGGGUGGCAAUUUCCCUGGCGUUUGGGGGGCAGCCGAAACUUGCGGCUCCGGAGGAGGAAGAACGGGAUCAUCCAAGAAUUCAGAGGCACUCAUCACCUUGAGUUUGGGGGCCGACUCGAUGUUGGCUCCGACAAAUUUCCGGACGUCAGUGAGCUUGCCGGUCAUGGCGGCAGCGGCUGCCAUGGCCGGGCUCAACAGAUGAGUGCGACCGCCUGAUCCCUGGCGACCCUCGAAGUUGCGGUUGCUUGUAGAUGCACACCGCUGGCCGGGGGAGAGCUGAUCAGGGUUCAUGCCAAGACACAUCGAGCAGCCAGCUUCGCGCCAAUCGAAGCCAGCACGUUUGAAGAUGGCAUCGAGACCUUCCGCCUCAGCCUGUUUCUUGAUGAGUCCAGACCCGGGAACGACCAUCGCAUCGACAUUCGCAGCAACUUUGGCAUCCGGCCCAGCGGCAAGCACGAUCUUGGCGGCGGAACGCAAAUCCUCGAUGCGACUGUUGGUGCACGACCCGAUGAACACCUUGUCGACUGUGAUUUGCUCGAUGGGCGUGUUAGGUUUGAGCCCCAUGUAGGCCAAGGAGCGCUCGACAGAGGAGCGUUUUACGGGAUCAGCAAAGGUCGAUGGGUCGGGAACAGAGCCUGUGAUGGGCACAGUGUCCUCGGGCGAAGUGCCCCAAGUCACGGUCGGGAUAAUGUCCGCCGCAGCAAUGUUGACCUCGAUAUCGAAUUUUGCGCCGUCGUCGGUCUUCAACGUUCGCCAGUAAGCCUCUGCGCGAUCCCAGGCCUCUCCCUUCGGUGCAAGCGGUCGGUUGCGGAGAUACUCAAACGUGAUCUCGUCCGGUGCAACCAUGCCAGCCCGGGCACCACCUUCAAUACUCAUGUUGCACACGCUCAUCCUUGCCUCCAUGGAGAAGUUGCGGAAGACAGAGCCAGCGAACUCGAUCACACAUCCUGUCCCUCCGGCUGUGCCAAUCUGACCGAUGAUGUAUAAAAUAACAUCCUUCGAGUUAACCCCGUCGAGCAGUUCUCCGUCGACCGUGAUACGCAUGUUCUUUGCUUUCUUCUGCAGCAACGUCUGUGUUGCGAGCACGUGCUCUACUUCGGACGUGCCAAUGCCAAACGCGAGAGACCCAAAUGCUCCGUGUGCUGGAAGAAAAGAUCAGACGGACUUGACGUGGUGCAAGGAAGAACGGACUAGACGUGUGAGAGUCGCCACAAACGCAGGUGAUACCGGGGAGCUAACAUGCAUUAGGCGUGAAAUCGAAAGCUCGUAAUAUGCUCACAGUGAAUCCUUGUUCGGGGCCGAUAACGUGAACGAUGCCCUGUCGCUUGUCGGUCAUACCGAAAUAGGUCAAUCCAAACUCCUUGAUGUUGUCCUCCAAGGCAGCACAUUGGGCACGCGAGUCGGGCUCUUCGAUGAACGACGAAACAGAGACAAAGUUCUUGCGUGACACAGUCCUUUCAACAUGUCAGCCAAUGAGAUGUGCGGUAUGAAGGGAAAUAUCUCACGGGAUGUUGUGAUCGACCGUAGCCAGCGUGCAGUCUGGUCGCCGCACAGGUCGCCCCGCAUUCCUCCUACGUCAUAUCAGAGCCAGGAACGAGAUAGGAAGAAAGAAAGCACAGACAAGCCCUCGAAAGCUUGCGGGCUGGUGACCUCGUGCACCAGGUGCCGAUCGAUGUAGAGGAGAGCGAGGCCGUCGUCCUGGACGUCGCUGUAGAGGAUGAUCAGGUACGGGAUCGGCUGUGAACAAAAUGCUCUACACGACAUGGUCGUCCCAGAUUUUAUCGUAGAGAGUUCGAGGGGCGUUCGUCAUUGUAGUUGAGGAUAACGUGUCAGAAGAUGCGUGGUUAGAAGUAAGAAUGAGGUUAAGUACCUCGAGUCUGCAACAGAAGGAAAGUUAUGUCCGAUCGGCCGAUACAGUCUUUCGGGUCGACUUUCGGAGACGGUUCCCGAAAGCCAAUGAGGAUCAAGGAAUUUGCCGUCAGUCAGGUGACAUUUGUAUUACGUCACGCUCUAGACUCAGCUCGCGGUCGAUUUCGGCAUCAUACUGCACAGUUGGUGGCUGUACGAUUCCGUUCACGUAAUCCCUCAAGGACUCACUUUUCCGACCCUCAGCAAUGGCCAAGUCUAAGAACCACACGAAUCACAACCAGAACAAGAAGGCGCACAAGAAUGGCAUCAAGCGCCCCAUUGCUGGUCGUACACGGUCCUUGAAGGGUGCUCACAUCUAUCCAGUUCCGCCGCAACGCUCGCUUCGCACUGGUUGGCUCGCACAAAGCGCGCAGGGAAGCAAAACUCGCCGCAGCCGCAUAGGGAUUCUACCCGACACGAUAUCUGUGCGCAGUAGUUCAGGGGAGAGUUUCAGGCGUUUGAGGGUCGGAUGCCGCGCCGAGCACAGGCUCGAUAUGCCAUGCAGUAUGCUGUUUGCUAUGCCCUUGCUUUACAAAAUCAAUCAAAACCUGGCAAAAACACAUAAUUCCGGUGCCGCAA